AUGGAUGAUCAAGAAGAAGCUCCUCCGCCAAGAAAACAGCGGUUCAAGUAUCUUACAUUUAAUCAGUAUGUGGCUUCGAUUGGAGGAGAUAAUGCCAGAUUCAGUAAAAAGCUAUCGCAUCGCCCUGAUGAUAGCGAGUUGUUCUUCACGGAGGCUUUAACGAAAUGGAAUGAUCAGGACUUCGGUGUUCAUUAUACUUCAUUUGUGGACAGUUUACCUUGUGAAGAACUUAACACUCAUGCUCAACUGCUUUAUCAUAAAAAGGCCAUAACCGAAUUAUUACUGAAAAACUUACAAGAUCAGAACAACAAGUCUAUUCAAGCAUUUUGUGAGCUAUUAUCGGCACUUGUUCGCGAUUUGAAAGAAGACUUCCGCGAUGAUAUGUGGGAUUUCUUUGGAGCGCUGACGAAUGUGCUAGAUCUGGGCGAACGCGAUGUUGAGUCAGUAGAAGCGGCGUUUUUUACCCUGUCGCUUAUGGUGAAAAUUAUGUGGAGAACACUGAUUAAAGAUUUUAUGGCUUCCUUCGUUCAUUUCAUCCCACUUUUUGGAAGUAGCAGACCCUACGUUCGUCGUUUCGCGGCCGAAUCAUUUUCGUUCGUAAUGAGGAAAUCCUCGAAGCUCGUCAAGAUAUCCCAGCAUGUCGUGGAGCAGACAUACAAGGUACAGGAUGAACGACUGACUGAGGGUUGUGCUGAAUUGUUUUUCUACGUGUGUAGAGGAAUAGCCGGCGGAUUUCAUAGCGCUGCGAAAGAGCAAAUCGGUAGCAUCGUCACCGGUGUUCUCAAACUUUCUGAUCCUGAUGUUCGGGAAUAUGGCGUGGUUAUACUAGAGAAGACAGUGGAUUUCAUCGUGAAAUAUGUUCAGAAGUCAUCAAAGGGAGAUCUCACAUUUCUUGAGGAAACUUUAAUUGACACAAUGGAAAGUGUUUCAACAAUGCUAGACUGUACAUAUGCGGUACGACUUUUAAGUCUGUGUUUUGUGCAACGAAAAUGGAAGAACUUGUUUUCUUCACAAGAGCGUUUGGCCUCAGCCAUUGAGAGGGUCUUCACUUCUCCGUUUUUUACGCUGAACUCGGAAUUUAUCCAGUUUCUUUCGAAAUGCAUACUCCUUGUCUACGUCGAUAAGAAUUGGGGUAGCCGCAUUGGUUCACUUUGUGCAAAAAUGAUCUCGCUUGAGGGCAGCUUUUCACUGGUACUGGAUCUCCUCGAUACUCUGCCAGAAGUAGUAUAUUUUGAUGAGUAUAUUUUGCCAGUUAUUGGUAAGCUAUCGGAGGUAUUGUUUGCCAAGGAACCAUCAUUAUCACUUCGACUGCUCAAUUUGUAUUCAUCGAUUUGUAUAAAGAAAAGGCCAAUUCAAAAUGCUUUGUCACGAAGCCGUACUCCUAUAUUCGACGUUGCCCACCAUCUUAGCGUUAAGCAGCACGUGAUCGAGCUGAUUCCUCGGCUUGGUUCGUCUGAAAGGUCUCUUAUAGCGCCGGUGCUUGUGAUUUGGCCUUGGAUCCUUGAUGCAUCUGAAAAGACAUUAGGUGUUGAGAACGUGGUCAACUUCUUGAAAGUACUAGUCUCUGGCGAAGAUUAUUCUCGCGAAGCUUCACAACUUGCUCUAAUUGCUGCCUCCUCGCUCUAUCAAGUAGAUAAAUCUCUUCUAAGGAGGCUUGAUCAAAGUGAAGUGGAGCAGUUUGUAAGAUGUACGAAUUGUCGCGAAUCUUCACUUAGAUUCUAUCAGUUUUACUUAGAAGCCAAUGAGAAGGUGCUAGAGGAGAGCAACUUGAGGAGAGUAUCCCAGCUACUUUCACCUUGUUAUUUCAAUCCAAAUGCAUAUGUUAGGAGAAGCGCCCUAGAAAUAUUGAAUUCAUUCACUUUCUCUAUUGAAGGAGUAGAAGAUGAGAACAAGAAACACGCAGUCAGUGAUGAUGAAAAUUUGUUUUCAAUCAUGCUCGCUGCAGAACGCUGCGAACUUGUGGACUCCAGAGGUCGCCUAUUACAAUUGCACAAGCUCAUGUUUGGACCUCACAGAAGGUUUAUGCCGAAGGGUAGUGGUGUGGCAUAUGAUAAUAUCAUUCUGCGAAUCAGCCUUGCUCAGUUCUUCGUUCAAUUUACGAAACUUUGGCCUUCAAUGUAUGAAAUACUCGAGUCAUUUGCACGUGGCAUGGAUAUCGAUGAGUUCUGGACCGUUAUGGCAGAGAUCCUUGAUCAAGUAAAUUCUGGAUGUCGAGAACGUCGCGAAAAUGAACCCACUAUCCGUUUUUUGCCUUGGUGUGACAACGACGACAGAUUUGACUUCCACUCAGCUCGUAUCCAAAUCUUGAAGUUCAUGGCCAAUAUCUCAGACUUGGCUCAACGCCGAACAAGAAUUUUAUCUCCCAUCCUUCUAAAGAUUUAUGAGUCCGAUUAUCUCCCUCUUAUUGUUGAGACCCUGAGCCCAUUAUCGAAGAAUAGUCAGUUAGAGACUUCCGAAAUACAGGUUGAUGAUGCUGAUGCGGCCGAGGAAAGUACAGACGCCAGUAAUGAGCAUCGGAUUCACGUAACGAAGACUCUUUGUGCUCUUCUUGAUGUUUACGCUAAGUUUACCGAUGCAAAAUCGGUGUAUUUGGAGUCGAAGAUACGGAAUAUGUACGAGCAUCUCCUAAUGGUGGGUAACGACAUGGUACAGAAGUCGGUUUUGGCGUGUAUUUUUUCAUACCGAGACAAGGCAUUACUGCCUUAUAAGGAGAACUUCGAACGUCUCCUCGAUGAGAAAACGUUCCGAGAGCAGCUGGUUUUGUUCACUAUCAAUGAGGAAGAAGGAAAUUCAAUUAUUCAUUCAGAUUACAGAGGGAAAGUAAUGCAUAUAUUGCUCAGGUUCCUGUAUGGUAAGCUAUGGACUCAGACCAAACGUAACUUUGCUGAGUCGAGGCGGGCCGCUAUAUUCCGCUACCUUGGUGGCUGUCGACCCGAAGAGUUGCUAGAGUUUCUCAAGAUAUUGUUUGCUCCCAUUCUUGAUGUCAUCGGUAUUGAUGAGAUGGACUACGAAAAGAUGGAUUCAUUAUGCGCUGAAAAGGAGGUACUGUUCAAGAUGGACUUUGGCAAGAUAAACAGGUAUGUGUAG